CCCACCUAGGCGCGCUGUGUCUUGUGGGUGGAAGCAGGCUGACUGGGUUUUGGCGUUUCGCGCAAUGCUGCGGCUGGAAGACCAGGAGCUGACACAGAGCACAGGAAUUUGACCUUGGAAGCCUUGGUUUUUUUCAUCUCUAUGAUAAUAAUAGAACCUGCAUCCUGAGAGUUUUAAGGAUUAAAUGAGAUAUUGGAAGUUCAAUGCUCAGCCCGGUGCCUUGACAUAGACACUUGGAUUAGUUUUCUCAGAAGAGAAAUGGAGGAGCCAUAGAACAUUAAGGAUGAAUUCAGGAAGACCUGAGACCAUGGAGAACUUGCCUGCUCUCUACACUAUUUUCCAAGGAGAGGUUGCUAUGGUGACAGACUAUGGAGCCUUUAUCAAAAUCCCAGGCUGUCGGAAGCAAGGUCUGGUCCAUCGAACUCACAUGUCAUCCUGUCGUGUGGAUAAGCCCUCUGAGCUAGUAGAUGUUGGAGACAAAGUGUGGGUGAAGCUUAUUGGUCGAGAGAUGAAAAAUGAUAGGAUAAAAGUAUCCCUCUCCAUGAAAGUUGUCAACCAAGGAACUGGGAAAGACCUCGACCCCAACAACGUUAUCAUUGAGCAAGAAGAGAGGCGAAGGCGGUCCUUCCAGGAUUACACUGGGCAGAAGAUCACCCUCGAGGCUGUCCUUAACACUACCUGCAAGAAGUGUGGCUGUAAAGGCCACUUUGCAAAGGAUUGUUUCAUGCAACCCGGGGGUACCAGAUACUCUCUGAUACCUGAUGAAGAAGAAGAGAAGGAAGAGGCAAAGUCAGCAGAGCUUGAGAAGCCUGACCCCACAAGGAAUUCUUCCAGAAAAAGAAAGAAGGAAAAGAAGAAAAAGAAACAUAGAGAUAGGAAGUCAUCUGACUCUGACAGCUCAGACUCUGAGAGCGAUGCCGGCAAGAGGGCAAGGCACGCAUCCAAGGACAGCAAGGGGGCGAGGAAGAAGAAGAAGAAGAAGAAGCACAGGAAGAGGCACAAGGAGUGAGAGCGGAGCGCAGACGGGGGGCUGAGAGAAGGAACCAGGAGCCUUGGGCCUGGACACCCUGGCUCCUGGAAAGACUCAGUAGUGAGAAUAUGGCCUCCCACCCCGUUGACUUCUCUCCCGUGGGAGAUGGCUUCCCUUUAGGCAGCAGGCAGGUUUGGGAGUUAAUGUCAAAAGCACUGCCUGGAUGAGUUGUUGUUUCCUGUCAUUCCCAGUCCCUUUGCAAGUGACCCCUGCAAGCUCACCCAUUCAUUCACCCAACUUCAUUCAGCAGGAGGUCCUAUUAACAACCUCUCCAGCUGCCACUGCCAGAGCCAGAUUUCCACACAGGAGUCCAGGCUAGAACCACAGGUACUGCUGUGGAGUAAGUCUGGCCGUAGUUAGAGAUCAGGGAUUGGCCCCUCCCUGUUGGUCCGCCCUGGGCUGAUCGGUGGGUGAUCUCAGCUGCAUCUAAUACAGGGGCAAAGGGAGGCUGGCAGUAUGAAGGAAAACAUGGUAAGAAGUGGGGCUCACUUUUCCCAUUCCCCCUGACAUGAUUCUACUAUGCUAGAAGUGACAGCCAGUGGUCACAGCCAGAAAAUCAUUGUUUGCGGUGACUGAGCUUGUAUAGAACGUCCUGCCAGACCACUGAACCAGAUAGCUAAGCCAAGAUCAUUGCUUUACUUUGUAUUUACUGUGAGUCAAUUGGUUCCACUUCAGGUCUCUGCUUAAAUUCCUGGCACUAAAUGGAAGUGUGUUUGGUUUUAAACUUACCGAAAGUUCUUAUUGCUAUAAUCCCUCUUCACAGGUAACUUAGAGACUUAAAAGUCAUUGAGUCUGCAUUAGUUGACAGAAAAAUAUUUAAUGUUACCUUAGACCUUGGAGAGAUGCCCAGCUGAGGUACAGAGCCAGAGGUACAAGCAGGUCACAGCCUUGUUAGGAGAUCUCUUAUAAGCCCUCCCUUCUGUAAUGAUCAGAUGACCUCUUCCCCAGAGCAGAUUAGAGAACCAGUAAGAAUUUGCAACCAGGAAUAAUGUCCUGGGGCAUGCAGGGAGCUCUGCAGUCAUCUUAAACAGUAGGCAUUUUCUCCCACCGCCUCAGCACAAGCCUGGAUCUUGUGUCUUGAGCCUGCAUUCUGGAAAGAGAGACCACAGCUUUCCAUAAAGAGCAACUGCCUAGACCCAUGGCCAUUCAGUGAAGGAUAGGCCCGAGGUGACAGGUUAGCAGCCAGGCCUGGGGAAGCCCCGCCACUGGUUAUUCUAGGUUGGACUCCCCAUUAGGCUGUGGAAGGGGGCAGUCGGAAGGCAAGGUGUAGUGUAAGGUGAUCGGUGAAGUGGACACUGUCCCUGAAACCUUCCAGUUUUGGUCUCUCACCCAGUGCUGCUUCCCUGGUGACCUUCAAUGAGCUGUUUCUGCCCAUUGUCUGACACACAAGGAAACAGACGCCCAGAGUCAGUCACCAAAGGCAAAGGGCAGUCAGGUGACCUUGGUGCUGCUUUAUUGACCUCAGAGCACCCUUUGGAUGCAGUUAAAAAAAAAAA